AUGAGGGCUCCUAUUGCAUUUCCUCGCCGCCCUCCUUAUGGUUCCUCUGAUUCCACUAAGAAGGUCUUUGCUACCUCUGUUAGAGUUUUUGCUUCAAAUGUUGAUGAGUUUGUUCUUGGUAGUACAUCUCAUUAUAUAGAGAAUGUCUCUACUCCUUCCAUCGAUGACUCUACUCCUCAUAUUGACGACUUUGCUCUUAACGUUGACAAUCCUACUUCUAUUGAAAUCACUGCUCCGCCUCAUUCUUCUGCUCCUCUAGAGGAAUUUCCUACUCAAACAGAAGGGGUUUUGCUCCGACUGGCUCUUCCGUGCCUCCGCCUCCUAAGCCUCCUCGACGUCCCCCUUUCAUUGGACAAAAAGUUAUCACUAUUAAGACUGAGUGUAGAAAGCUGCCUUCUAAUGUCCUUAUUGCUGGUGUUUCAUUCUAUUCUGAGGAUAGUAUCCACUAAUGAAAGUAUGUGGUUCAACACUUCCUUGCUGACGAGCGAGAAGGUUGAUCAAGGUCUUCCAACUGCUAUUCAAUGCCUAAUGAUGAUGUGUUGCUCCCUCCUUCUUUGGCCACUCGAAUUAUGCAACUUCUCUUUGCUAAGUUUCAAUUGUUUAGUCAGGUACAUCUGGUUAAGAAUCAUCUUCUUGAGUUUAUACUCUAUGCAAGCAAGGGGGAGUAGAGGAGAAAAGAGAGGAGGAGUUUGUUUGUUUUGUUGGUGGGUUGUGGACAUAAUUUUUUUUAUUGGAUUGCUAAUUGUCCUGCUUUUAUUUCUGCUGAAUAUGUUAUUCUGGACUGUGUUCUAUUAUUAUUUUGGGACUACUAAAUGGUCUUAUGUUGGAUUUCUUUCUUUGCUAAAUAUAUCAUUUGGUUUGGUUUGGCCUUCUGUAAAUAUAUCUCUUAGCUUGUGCUGGCUUUGUUCUCUUUAUCUUCUAUUUAGUUUGGUUGGUGGUUGGUUGAUUGCACUUGCUUAGAUAAAUAAAAGAAGGAUUACAUUUGGUUGCUCCCAUUUUCUUUUAUUUAUUUAUUUGAUUAAAUGGUUAGUCUUAAUUUUUAUCCUAAUUAACAAACUGGAAGAUAUAUUGCUCUAGGUUGUUUGCACUCGGCUAAAAUUUCAUGAGUUGGUUUUGUGUUUUGUUGUGGGCCUUUAUGUGCAGUUUAUGGCUUUUCGACAUGUAAACUUUUCGACCGAACUGUGCAUUUGAACUUCUGAGAUUGGUCAUUGAUAUUGAGAGCUAUUUCUCUUAUUGUGGUAAGUUCGUCACAUAUGAUAUCUUGCUAUUGUGAUAUAACGUGGUUAAGGAAAUGCUUGACAGUUGAUGGUGCUUUAUGAUAUCUCAUUCAAGGGGAGCAUAGUCUGGCAUACGUGAGACGGGUUUAGUGCAGAAUAAUCCAAGAACUUUGUAUCUAUAAAACUUGGAUUGACUGUGUACAAGAUUAUUCUAUAUCAUGUUGAUGUUCAUAUAGUUGACAAUUAUAUUGUACUCAUGAACUUUUUCAUAAGGCAAUAUAUGACCUUUUUCUAUGGG